AUGUACAAAAGAGCACCCACCAGGGAUGAGUACUACAUUCAGCAUGGAAACAAGAAAUGCUUCACCGGAAAAGUCCCCAUCGGAAUCUCCCGCAUCAGCCGCGUUUCCUGCACCGUCGCCCCCAAUGCUACACACGCGAAUAGCGCAGGGGAGCCCAUAACUGGCACGAAUCGGAAGAGGCGAAAGAGGCCCCACGGUGGCAGCAGAAGAAGCAGAAGCAGAAACAGAAGAAGCAGAAGAAGCAGAAGCAGAAGCAAAAGCAGCAGUAGGAGCAGCAUAGCAGCCGCUACGACGGCGAAGCAGAAAAUGCCAAAACGCACGCAUGCAACCAUAACGAGCAUAAUCCUUCUUCUACUCCACGUCCUUCCCCAAAAUGCGGGUAUAAAAAUUAAGAGACUGAGCGAUGCAUUUAAUUUUAUCGAACCAGCCAUCUGGAAAAGCAACUCCAAAUAUGAAAUAAAUCCCAAUCUUCACUUUGUGCGGAGAAUAGAGAAAUGGGAUCGCCUUAAGAUGAGGAGUUCCCCAAAUGGGGAGCACGCGCAAGGUACUAACGCUUCAGCCAGUGAUGAAGAAAAUGUUCUGCUGGAGAAGCAGCGCAGGAGGAAUGAUGCCAUGGACAAUCAUGUGUCGAGCUGCCAACACGGGAACACCCCUCCAAAGGGAGGCGCCACCGUAGAAGAGAAAAAAGCCAAACGAGAAUACCUAAAUGGGGAAAUAUUAAACGAAGAAGAAAUAAAUGAAAACAUGAGGUUUCAGCAGUGGAGUGACCGAAUACAAUUUUCGGAGGCAAACUGUUUCUACUACGACGUAGCACACGAGUGCGUUAGUACAAAGAAGUACUAUAAGAUAUAUCAGGUGAAUUCUAGCUUUUACAGAAGGGAGUUCAUGUUGACUGACAGUUCUUCCGUGAGUUUGGUCCCAUUUUUGAACAAAAAGGAGAGCGAACAAGCGUGUCAAUCGCUGACGAAAAAUUUUAGCGGAAAAAUGACGUAUGAUAUGUUCGUGGGGGGGAAGGGCGAAGCGGCAGGAGAAGCGGCAGGAGAAGUGACAAGAGACGCGGCAGGAGAAGUGACGAGAGACGCGGCAGGAGAAGUGACGAGAGACGCGGCAACCAGCUGUGAGGAAAAGAGUGGAGGUUGGCCUUCCCAAAAUAGCGUAACGCAAAAUAGCGCAACCGCUGGCGGAGACCGCUACGAGGAAUCACUGCUGAGCGAAGAGCAAGUGGGGCAGCUGUCCGACAUCAAUUUCGCGCUGCGGGCGAACAUGCUUUUCCCGACCGAGUCGCUGCGUAGCUCCAUAUACAUCGGGAAGGAGGCCUUCAACGACUUCCUCGAAAAGGGAACGGAGUCCAUCAAGCUAGCGAUGAACAAGCAUUUGCAUCACUACUAUAGACACAACCUGAAAAGUAACUUGGACGACAAAAUUUUCCUCAUGUUCAUCCUGAGGUAUAUCAAAAAUUACAUUUUAAAAAUAGUAUACAGGACAUUCCAAGUCAAACUAAGCAACGAAAUGGAAAUCGAGAAUGACUCCAAUGUACAGCCAAGUGGAAGCAACAAAAUGAUUAGUAACGAAACGUAUAUAGAGCUAGCAUCCGAAUUUGAAGAAAUAAUAAAUAUAUUAACACACUUUAUAGAAAAAAUGAAAAAAAUGUUCAAAAUUGAAGAAAAAGAAUUGGAAGAUUAUUUGUCCAAGAAAAAGGAAAUUAUAAAUUAUUCAACUCCAUAUGUUUUACAAAAUAAUGAAGAAGCAGAAAGACAUAUUAUGAACAUGUGGAAUUAUUUUAAUUUUAAAAUUUUCAACAAUGAGUUGCCAAAUUUUGACUCGAUAAAUUUCUUUUGGAUAACUGACAAAGUGGAGAAACUGAAGAAAAUUUCAAAUAUGAAAAUGUACAGAAUUGGGAAUAAACAUUUUUUAAACUUACCCAAUAUUAUGUUCCACUGUGCGUUGAAAACGUCUCCCCUGUUAUUAAAUUACACCAUAUUAAAGGUCAUGUAUGAAUACCAGAAAUUAUUGUGCGUGGAUAUUUUACCCUUCAAGGAAGUAAAGAAUUAUAAUAUGUCCAAAAAAAUUGAUGAGAAGAAACAGAAAAUUAUCAAGUUCGUUCACGGGAUUGCUGGCUUGCUGGAGAAUAUCGACUUCCAUUUUUAUGCUCCCUAUUUGGGAGACCUCAAUUUGGACAACGAGGAGGCAGCCACGUUUUACUCCUACGUUAAGGAUAUCAAUGGGGAUGACAAGAAGAUGUUCCGUCCUUUGGAAUACAACAAGGAGCUUUCGUUUUCCCCGGGGGAGGGCAUCAUGGAGGAUACCGAUGUGAGCGACACCGAUGUGAGCGGCACCGAUGUGAGCAGCACCGAUGUGAGCGGCACCAAUGUGAGCGGUACCAAUGUGAGCGGCGCCAAUGUGAGCGGCACCAGUGUGAGCGGCGCCAGUGUGAGCGGCGCCAACCGGGGAGUGGCCAACAUGGAAGACUCCCCCCCGGAUGCCCCCCCCCUGGACGAUGACGAGCCAGACCAGGACGACCUCACAAUGCUGCUCCUCAAAUCGAACGCCACCAGCGACAUCAACCGAGCCAUCCAGAUGGCCACCAACGUGUAUAGGAAGAAAAACGUCGGCCAUCUGUGGGGUAACCCCGCGGACGUCACAAGCCCGGAAGCGAGCGAGGCAGAAGGAAGAACCGCGCUAAGAGUAAAAGCAGACCCUGGUAAAACCAACCCAGGGGCCUCUUACCAAUUGAAGGAGAACAACCCAGCACUGCAGCGAUUCAGAAUACCGCUGAACGAAUUUGCGUCCUCCCUUUUCCUAUGCGAUGUGAACAACUCCACGAAGCUUCUAACACAGGGAAUCGAAAAGCUAAAGCAGCUAAACGAGUUCGACUUAACUUAUGUACAUAACGCCCUGACGUACGCGUGCAUGCGUUUUUUACACGAAAGUGGUAACGAAAAUGAAGAUGUGGAAAGCCUUUUAAAAAAAUAUGAAAAAAACGAAAAGGUAGAAACGACCAACAACAUCAUGACGCUGCAAAUGAUGGUGGUCAUAGGAGAACUCUUCCGAAACAUCAGGAAGUCGAGAACAAAGGAGAAAUACUUUUUUAAAAAAAUCCUACAGACAGAUGUUAUUACAAAUAUAUACAAAGAUGCCAGUAUCUACGAUGAACAUAUGAACAUUAACAAAAUGGAUUACGUGAUGAAUAAUUUAAAAAUUGCUUAUCCCAUGAAAAGUAACAUUAUGUUGACGCCAAAAAAUAGAGAAGAAAUCGCCUACUAUUUUUUGAACUAUUACACCAAGCACCUUUUCCGUUAUGAUUUGCCAAACAAUGUCAUAAUAAAAUUUACGGACAAAAUAUCUGGGCUAAGUUUUUACGAUUACAAUUUUGACUAUGUAUCGAAUGAUGUGGUCAUUUAUGUGCAUAACGAUGUUAGUAACUCGUUCGUGCUGUCUAGGGUCAUCCUGGAUGAGUGCCUCAACGUGUAUGAAAAGUACACCACAUACGUGCACAAGUAUGGGGGGAACACGGAUAACUCGACGGUUAGGGAGGCCAAGAGCAAGCUGAAGAAGGAAGGGGGUCCGCAUGAUGAGUCAACUACGCAGAGGAAUAGCACUGAAAGGAGAAAUGAUCAAUCGGGAAGGAACCACUCAAGGGAUGACGCCAAGUUGGAGGAGGAAUUUCUGGAAGAUGAAGACCCAGACGAGGAAGAGAUGAAUCAUCUGGAUGCGGAAGAGGAGCACAUCGACGCAGAAAAUAUCAACUUGGACAAUAUCAAAGAGGUGGAUAGCUCAGGAGAGUCCCCAGCUGAAGACAACACAGAUGACCAACCUGUGGAUGACGAACAUGUGGAUAUCUUCAACUACGUGAAAGUAAAUCGAAUAAAGCAGUUCAUUCGGUUUGUGAUCGAAUACAACCAGUGGCCCUUCUUCCUAGAUGAAACGAUCAACCUGGACUCGUAUCUGAGCAGCGAAGAGCUGGAACUGUUGAAAAACGUAAAGCAUUAUAACAGCCUAAAUAACUUUUUCCUAAAGCUGAAAGAAGCACAUAUAGACAAAAAAAGAAUCAUGGAAAUCAUUCAAAGUGCCAUAAAAAGGGAAGACUGCAAAGAGAUAUGGGAGGAAAAGAAAAUCCCCAUUAAACACAUCGCCUCUGCAUUAUUCACAAAUAAUUACAUCAAUUUAUUUAAAGUUUUCCAGAGGGGCAUAAAGGUGUUACUAAAUAUGAACUUAAAUGAAAUUGACCUAGUUAUGAACAAAUGCAAAUAUGCAUGCGAAAUUGUUUACUAUAAAAGAUUGGAAGAACUCAAGUCUUCCAACAAUAAUCUCAUUUUUACCAUGUACAACGAAAAUGUAAGCUCGAUUGAAUAUUACUUUGACAAGCUAAAGGAAAAAAUUAUUUUAAUCAGCUUGAUCAAGAAGGAAGAUAUAUUUGGGACUCUCAUAAAUUUGAUAUCUGGUAUUUUCCCCAAUAAGACUAAAUCCGUGAGCGAAUUUGAAAAUGGCCCUCAGGACAAAAAACCAAAGGAGAAAAUUGACGAGCUCAUUUUCCUGUACGACUCUGAGAGGAAGAAGUGUGGCUUCACAACGGAGCUAAAUAGAUCCGCUGUCACACAGAACCUGUUUCACUUUUUCAACAAAGAAAUAUUUGAAGGAAAAAUAAAGAAUGUCCAAAUCGAAUUCGUCAAAAAUGACGAAACUCUUUCCACACACUUGAAUUUAGUCAACUCUUUUGAAAGUCCAAAAAUUUUAAUUAAUGACAAUGUGUAUUCAGUUACCAUUUUGGCGAAUGUAUUGCUUAAAGAAAUGGCUGAGAUUUUUUACUUCUACAAUGAGAACAAAAUCGAGAGGGAAAAUAAGCUCUACUUGAAGAAGGACUUUAAGAGUGCAUACCUGCCCGUCGUUUUCAAGUAUGCCAAUUGUUUCCAGGGCGGGGAGAGUAAAGCGGCCUUCGACUUUGGCGAGGAACACCCAGAGGGGAAGCACCCAGAGGGGAAGCUCCCAGAGGGGAAGCUCCUAGGGGAGAAACACCCAGAGGGGAAGCACACAGGGGAGAAGCACCCAGAGGGGAAGCAAAACCUCCAAGUGGGGCCCCUUCCAACCCACUUAACAAUCCCUGGAGCAACCGCAUCCCCACUGCAGAAAGAACAACUCAUCGCGGAGAAGGACAAAAUGGAUAUCGACAACCUGAUCGACCGAAUCGCAAACUACAACCAUGAAGAAAUGUUCAAAGAAAUUCUAGAGUUUCGAAAAGAGAAAUAUAAUGACAAAGCAGAGGUGCAAAAAUGUCUGGAGGAAUAUCUAUACACAUACGACAAGUUGAAUGUCAUGAAAUAUGGCACACCUGGGGUGAGUGAGAAAAAAGAAAAAAAUGAGCAAUCGGAUGGCACCGCUACGCCAAACACAGACCCUGCAACGCCAAACACAGACCCAGCAACGCCAAGCACAGACCCGGCAAUGGAACUGUAUUUCGAACCAAACGACCUCAAAAGUAUUUACCUUAAUUAUAUGUAUAAAUACAUCGAGUACGUGAUUAAAAAAAAAGAGUUCCCCAUUGUAUUUAACGAAAUAAACGAGGAAUGGAUUAACGCUUUGACGGAGCUCGAAAAUCAGAAAAUUCUGGUCUACUCCACAAAAAAUAACAGUGGGCAUCUGUACGACCUACUCAUUAAUAGCAAAGCAUGUUCGUCAAAGAGGGCCCUGGCGAUUCUGGAACAUAGCUUACAAAAAAGGAACAGCGAUGACGAACUGGUGGAGAGGACCCUAUCUCGCAGUGAAGACAAUGAUGCCAUAAAAAGUUUCGACGAAUUUGUCCUGUGGAUAAAUAAAAAUAUGAGAAAAAACUACGAAAAGAUAGACCACCAGGAAUUGUUAAAUGCUGAUGCCCCUGAAAAUGUGAAGGAUGAUAUCAAGGACGUUAUAAAAGAGUACAAUGCUCUGUACGAUGCCAAUGCUACGAGGAACUUAGACCCCAACAGCGUUACUAUUGACAAUUUAAAAGAUUUGGUUAAGAAGCACAACAUUUCGAAGGAGGAGAUACUGUCCGCCAUGAGCCAGCUGGACAUGCCCGAAGACUUCGACGUAGACUCGUUGUUCAAGUGA